UUCAGACCCUGGACUUUGGUUCAUGUCGUCGUCUCUCUUUCCUCAUUUCAGCGACCUGCCAUUCCGCAUCGAUUCCGCUGCUUUCCUUCCCAAUAGCUUGAGACAGGUAUGCCGAACCCGAAUUUGGCCUCAGGUCUUGGCCGUGUGAGGACUCUCUCUCUCCCUUCCACCCUUCGUUACCUACCUCACGACUCACUGCUCUUUGCUCGCCUCGUUUUUCCUCUCGUGUAUAUCCAAAGGGUGGAGAAUGGCACGUUUGGCGCUAAUUCUUCCCUUUGCGCCCUACUUGACAACGGUUGAUGGCAUCAUCCCAAUGCAUGCCAUGCAGCUCGUCCUCUGCCAUCCCAUGUUCCGAUCUCGCUACUAAGUGCCAGUCGUUACUUCUUGCCGACAUAGAUCUUUGGAUGCCGCAAACACACGGACUAGCUCGUCAUGCGCCCCUCCCAACUUUGGAUGGCGUCCGCACUGCACAGCCAACCCUAGCUGUGAAUAGGUAUAUGCUUUGGUCUCCGAUCCCGCUUCGCAACGCGCACGGGCUGGACAACGAUCGCCAAUACGAGCGUCACCUUGCCAAGCUUGCUCACCGAAGAACCAUGUUGACGUGUCCCGUCCGUCCGGGGGCGAGCCUCGAGGCCGAUGGCCGCACUGUCCAGGUUCAGGAAGACGUUGUUGCAUCACGGGCCUUCUGGAUUGUCAUCAGACCCAAUCUCCAUAUCACAUCAAACCUUAAUCUCUUGCUACCUUCACACCGAGAUGCAAGUUACUACUCGAUUCAAUCAAUUGUUUUUGACAACAUCAGAUUGCCAAACAGUUUCGAUCGUCGCGGCUUAAUCCGUUUCCUAGGCAUCAUUGGUUCAUGUCCGAACGCCAAGAAACCCGGCCAUCGUCUGUUUCUUACCGAAUGGGUACGCUACUGCUGUCAGUCGAUCUGAAACGCGCGGUCAACCAGAGUCAAGUGAACCGUCGCUUCCAUCUUAGCAUAUCCCGCCAGGCUAAUCCUCCGUGGCUCCUGGCUUGACUCGGAUAUCUCAGCCCCCUGCCACCUGGCGUGCCGUUCACGUCAGUUCCCCUACAGAUCCCUCGGUCGGGCAUAUGCUCCGAUCUUCGAGAGACAUAGAUAUGCUGCGUACACGCCCAGCAAUGCGCACGCAGUCUGCCCGACGUCACG